AUGGCCCGGACCGGGUCAGCUAUAAAGGGAGUGCUUCGUCCAUCUCCUCAUAUCAAGGCGUUCUCCCAACUCGCCAUGAUGGAUACUGCCAAUUCUCCACGUACAGAAAGCGAGACCACGCCUCUGAUCCCUGCUGGAGUCUCGAAAAGGCCUAAAACGCCUCUUCCAAAAUUUCAGAUAGGCAUACUCAUGAUGCUACAUGUUACAGAACCUAUCGCUUCGAUGUCCAUAUUCCCGUACAUCAAUCAGCUCAUCAGAGAACUUGGUAUCACUGGAGGUGACGAGGCGGCUGUAGGAUAUUAUGCUGGAAUAAUCGAAUCUCUAUUUUUCGUCAUGCAGGCACUGACGGUACUGAAGUGGAGUCGGUUGUCCGAUCGCAUUGGACGCAAACCAGUGUUAUCUAUCGGGCUAUUUGGAACUUGCAUUUCGAUGCUAUGUUUCGGACUCUCCACGACCUUCUGGAGUCUUGUCGUUAGCCGCUGCAUGUGCGGUGCACUGAAUGGCAAUAUUGGAGUCCUGAAAACUACAAUUGCUGAAUUGACGGACUCUACAAAUAUUGCUCAGGGAUUUGCUUUGAUUCACGUCUUCUGGAAGAUUGGAACAUUUGUUGGCCCUUUAAUAGGCGGAAUGCUCGCGCGUCCACAAGAUAACUGGCCCAGAUUAUUCGCCCAUUCAUUUUGGAGCAAAUACCCAUACUUUCUGCCGUGUGCAGUGGCUGCUUGUCUCGUUGUCCUAGCCUAUCUCAUGCUGUUAUUUUUCUUCGAAGAGACGUUAUCAACGAAGCGUCGACCAAAGUUGACAUCAACUACCUCCAGCAUUAUAAGCAGAGCCAACGUUGACGAUCGAGAAGUACUUGCGCAAGAGUCCAUGGCAGAUAUGCCCAUGCGAUCUCUGCUCACGCCUACUAUUGUCAUUCCAAUUGCAAAUUACUCCAUGCUCUCUUUGCUUGACCUGUCGCUCAGAACUGUGAUGCCGCUAUUCUUUUCAACGCCUAUGUAUCUCGGCGGUCUGGGUUUGACUCCCUCUUCCAUUGGCUCAUGGAUGGCAUUGUUUGGGCUCGUGGAAGGUGUCUUCCAAGUUCUGUUCUUCGCCAAAAUUAUCGAUUGGCUUGGUCCAAAGCGUCUCUUUCUGCGUGUCGGUGUCGUGCUUCGCACCAAUCAUGCUUGUGUUUCCGAUCAUGUCGUGGCUUUUUUGACAAUCAUAUGGGGUAUGGGAUUUGCUUUAUUACAGGGACUAUCUUCGUGUUCAUCGCAGGCCUCUGCUCCUGCAAAGAAUGUCCUUGGCGCUAUCAACGGUCUUGGCCAAACCUCAUCAUCAGUGGCUCGUGCCGUUGGGCCCGCGUUAGCGACUUCGCUCUUUGCAUUUUCGAAGGAACGCAAUCUUCUCAACGGAAACGCCGUCUUUGUCGUGUUGAUCAUGCUGGCUGGUGUAUUGAGGUGGCUGGCGUCGCAGUUGCCAGAUGAAUUAAAAGAUAGGGAUGAGUAA